AAGAUCCUCAAGAAGUAUCGCCUACUGAAAAUUGCUAGAACAGAAUUUGGCUUCUCAGCCAAGAGAAUGAGAAAUAAUGAAAAGUGGUCAGCAGCACUGACACAGAAAAAACACAGAAAAAAAUGAAAAAACAGAAGAGAUUCCUUAAUGAACCCAUGGAAAUACUUCAUGAGAAAUUUAAGAAGGAGUAUCCUGACAUACAUAUUUCUUACAGUGAGUUCUGCAAGAAACGUCCUUUUUGGAUUAUAAAGCCCACAAUUAAGGACAGAGAAACAUGCAUAUGCAAGACGCAUGCCAAUAUGCAGUUAAUGGGAGACAAACUGCUGCAGCACAAAGUGAUCAACAGCAGUAAAAUUGAAGAUUUGGUUGUCUCUCUGUGCUGUUCACCAUACACCAAGGAGUGUAUGUACAGAGAAUGUCCCAACUGUGUGGAGAAAGAAUUGCAGAUCUCGGCCUUUGACCCUGGGGCACAGACAUUUUGGCACACAUAGAAGGCAAAAGCUGAGGAGAGAGAGAAGAAAAAGAAAGAUGGAACUAAAGAGAAAAUCACAGUUCAUCUCACUGUUAAGGAGAAACUAGAGGGCACACUGCAUACUUUACUAGAAGACUUUUCAACAGAUCUAAAACAAAAACUUGGAAAGCAUGUGUAUACAACAGGCAUCAGUAUGCAGCUCUCCAUGGCCUAAAGGAAAACUUGAGAGAGGACGAGGUCAUUCUGCAUAUUUGCAGAGAACUUACAGUGCAAGUACAACAGUGAAGUCCAGGCGGUACAUUUUGGAGAUUCGCAUCACCAGGUCUCACUCCAUACUGGUGUGGCCUACACCUGGAAGGAUAUAAAGUCAUUAUGCUCAAUCAGCUCUUCUUUUCGCUACGAUCCCUCAGCAGUAUGGGCACAUCUAACCCAAGUGCUAACUUACUUGAGAGAACAACAUCCCACUGCCACCACAUUUCAUGUGGUCAGUGACGGACCAACGACACAAUAUCGCUCAAAAAAAAAACUUUUUCCUCCUCACCAAUGUUCCUUACCAAAUGGGUUGGAAAAGGGUGACCUGGACUUUCUUAGAGGCUGGCCACGGCAAAGGCCCAGCUGAUGGGAUUGGAGCGGCGGUGAAGAGAAGAGCGGAUGAUCUUAUUGCAAGAGGGAAGGACAUUCCAGAUGCACGAGUACUGCUUGAGGAGCUUAAGCAGCAAAAGUCUGCCACAGAGGUGUUCUAUAUUGAGCCAGAUGCCAUUGAGGCAAUGGAUGUUCACGUUCCAUCUGAAUUACAGACAAUUCGUGGCAAGAUGAAAAUUCAUCAGAUCAACUCUCAUUCUCCAAGUCAGAUGUCAUGGAGGAUUCCAAGUUGUUUUUGCUCUGCACCCAACGAUUGCAACUGUUUCACACCAGAAACGGUCAGGUUUCAGCCAUGGGAUGAAGCUACCCCCACAACCAGUACACUUCCUGUCACAUCUCAAGAUCAAGGUCUUCAACCAAUUUUGGACUUGCAUGAGGGUCUUAUUGGUCAGUGGUGUGCAGUGGUGUAUGAUGGAGAUGUGUACCCAGGUAUUAUUCAGGAUGUUGAGUUAUACAGUGGUGCUCAAGUGAAAACAAUGACCGGUAUUGGGAUCAAUCGCUUUUAUUGGCCACUGAGAGACGAUGUCAUCUGGUACCAACCCAUGGAUAUAAUAGGCCUCAUCCCUGAGCCCGUACCACUGACAAAACGGCACAAGGAGAUUAAGACGGAAGUUUGGAAAGAAAUCUGCAAGAUUUGGCCUUGAAUCACAUUCUCUCUCUCUCUCUCUCUCGCUCUCUCUCUCUCUCACACACACACACACACACUCCCUCUCUCAUAAACUGUCUCUCUCACACACACUCACUUUCAUGCACUUUAUCUCUCACACACAUACCGUCUGGUCACCAUAAUUGCCCUCUGGACAAACCUCAAUGCUUACUCUCUCUCACUCUCUCUCUCUCUCAUACACACACAGGCCUCGU